AUGUUGGCUUUGAUUGUCUGCUCCUCUUUGCGCUGCAAGAUUCGUUCUUUUAGAGAACACUUUGCAGCUCCGCGCAUGUGCGCGGCUGGUAUGAAGGCAUUCAACACGGAUCCUAUCGUGGUCCGCACGGGCGCGGAGCUGCGGAGCGCUCAUAAUCCCCGUUUCUCUCCCCUGCGUCCAUUCGCCCCUGCUUCCGCCCCUGCUUCCGCCCCUCCUUCCGCCCCUCCCUCCCUUCCGCAGCGCUUCGCAGCUCUGCGCAGGUGCGCGGCGGACAUGAAGGUUAGCAUCGAGGCAAUGGAGGUGCGCACGGACGCGGAGCUGCGGAGCGUGCAGGCGCUCAUCAUUCCCGGCGGGGAGAGCACCACUAUGGCCAAUCUUGCCCAGCGAUGCGGCCUGCUCGGCGCGCUGCAGGAGUUCGCAGCCUCUGGGCGGCCGAUGUGGGGGACGUGUGCCGGACUCAUAUUCCUGGCCAACAAGGCGCUAGGUCAGAAGUCGGGAGGGCAGGCGCUGCUGGGUGGACUCGACUGCACCGUGCACCGAAACUUCUUUGGCAGCCAGAUCAACAGCUUUGAGACUCUCCUUCCCUUCCCGCACCACACCCUUCAAUCCACCUCCGCAGCAACACCAUCAUCAGAAGCAUCAGCACCUCCCCCUCCCCAGUCACACCCAUCCCUCCCUCACCCCUCUCCUGACGCCUCUCCCGCCUCUCCCGCCUCCCCCUUUCGGGCUGUGUUUAUACGAGCCCCGGCCAUCAUCCACACCGGCCCUGCUGUUGAGGUUCUAGCGGAAUAUCCUCUUCCCAACCGUGCCUCUGCCGUUGCCGCACCUGCUGCCCCGGCCGCACCUGCAGGUGCUGGUUCGGCCGAGCCUGCAGCUGCUGCUUCGGCCGUGCCUGACCAGAGCGGCCAGGAGCUUUCGGAAGCAGAAAUUCUAGCGAAGUUGGACCGGGUGGCAGUGGCGGUGAGGCAGGGCAGGCUGCUGGCCACGGCAUUCCAUCCGGAGCUCACAGCCGACCUCAGAUGGCACCGCUUGUUCCUUCACAUGAUUCUCGACGCACUCCAGUCCUCCCCAGACUUGGCUGUGGCCCAAGCCUCUGCUGUAGGCUCGGUAGGCAACUCCGGAGCCAGCAGUGUGCCGAAUGUGGACCCCGGUGAUCUCCCAGUAUUUGAGGUGACGCGGCUGCUGGAGCUGGAACAAACUCAACCCGUUGCUGGUUAUUACGAGUUGCUGAAGUCAAGUUCUGCUGCUGAGAGGCCCUUCCAAUCAAAUCUUAACAGAAAGGGAGUUGCUAUUGGAGCUGAAGGCGAUCUGUUGAUGUCAAGCACUGUUGUUGUUGGAUCUGAAGACAAACUGCUGAAGUCAAGCGCUGCUGCUGUUGGAGGUGAAGACGAUCUGCUGAAGUCAAGUGCUGCUGUUGAGAGUCCCUUCCAAUCAAAUCUUAAGAGAAAGGGAGCUGCAAUUGGAGCUGAAUACGGUUUGCUGAAGUCAAGCGCUGCUGCUGUUGGAUCUGAAGACGAGCUGCUGAAUCAUGAGCUGCUGCUGAUAGGCGCUUCCAAGGAAGUCUUGAAUGAAAACGAGUUUCUAUUGGAUGCUGCUGCUAUUGGUUCUGAAGACGAGCUGCUGAAGUCAAGUGCUGCUGCUGGGAGGCCCUUCCAUUCGCCACCCGCCAACUGCCACCUGCCACCCUCCAACCGCCACCUGCCGUGUCCUCCAAUUCGAGACAUUAGGGAAGGGGCUUCCCACUGUUGUUGUACCUCAAGUCAAGCGCUGCUGCUGUUGGAACGAGCUGCUGAAGUCGAGCGCUGCUGCUGGCCCUUCCAAUCAAGUCUUGAAAGAAAGGGAGUUUCUAUUGGAGCUGAAGGCGAGCUGCUGAAAGCAAGCGCUGCUGCUAUUGGAUCUGAAGACGAGCUGCUGAAGUGA